AUGACUAGGCUCCGCGGAGCUUCUGUGAGCUCGUACGAUGCUUCUCGUUCUCCGACUGGCGUUGAUCGGUCUCAUUUACAUCGGUCCAAGCUUCCUCCGAAUGCACCAGAUGUCAUUGUUGAAAACACUAUCGAUGUGUCCGACCCGGCCCAGGUCUUGCUAUGGUAUCGGGAUGAGCGACGUCGGCAGUUCAAUCUCCUAGUCCGCAAAUACAAAAACCAACUGCUAUACGGAUGUCAAGAUCCCGCCUGCCGCACGCCAACCUGCGCUAGCUAUCGAAGAAGAGUAUCUGAAGGCCCAUAUCGCCGCUACACUGAGCUGAGUGCUCGGACUUUGGCAUGCUACUUGGCUAGCUUGGAUAAUCCGGAGGCUGGUCUCUGCCGCAACACUCCGCGGGUACAUUCAGAGCUUUCGUCCCAUGAUCAUCAACGUUCGUCGAGACGUUCGAGCCGUGGACCACCUCCUGAUCGUUCCACGACGCGAAAUGUGUCAUCGCCGUCAGGCCUCGAGAAAGUGAACGAUGACCUUAUACGUCAAGCACCAGCUCAAAUCUCUGCGAGCUCUCCGCAAUCUAGUGCCCCCGCUAAAGAUACCCCUGAACCUUUCGUUGAGUCGCAGAAACAAAUCGAACCCUCGCAGGACGAGGAUCCUGCAGCGCAGCGGAUGAAAGAUCCGAAAUCUUUCACGCAAAAUCUCUUCGAUACACUUUCUUUGCGUAUGGUCGAAUGGCUUCCUUUGCGACGGCUACCUGAUGCGCCAGGCACAGAGUCUCAGUGCGCCAGACCACCCAAGCGCGAGACCUGCUGCGAACACUCCGAUUCCGCCGAGAAGGAGCCAGAAGGAGGGCGCCGUGCAUCGAUUCACACAAGACAGGUGGGGAGCGCUCCGCAUACCCCUUCUUCACGGGACGUGAGCAGACUCGCUCCUGCCGUCGAGACGAAACCCAACAGCCAGGUUAAACGAAUAGCCGUACUCGAAGCAGACCAACACCACCCUCGUUCCAGAUCAAUCAAGGAUGAAAGAUUACGCACGGAACUACGGCCAAGCCGGAAACUCUCGAUAAAUGCGCACAUCAGUGCCGAUGAGUCGAUCAACAUCCCCUCACCGCCAGCUCUCAAGCAUCGCCAACAGAAACAUCGCGGCAGGUUCGAGGACCUUGAUGCAUCUUAUACGCCAGAACAACAAAGAAAAGGAAGGCGCGUCUCUUGGGAUAGUGCAAAGCUCUUGGACGAUGUCCAGAAUUCCGAGACUCAAAAGUCCCUUGCAAUCAAAGACGAACAACUCCACGUGGAGGACCAACCUGCGAACGAUCCCAAGUCAAAUCGGAAAAGCUCACGUUCAAGACGAGAGCGGCCAUUCACGGUACAAACGCUCACACAUAUCGAUGGCGCAAUUCUUGGUGGACUGGAGCGGAUGUUGGUCCAAUCCGAGGAAGAUGCUCAACGGUGGAAAGAUGAGCUGGCUCAUAUAGACUUUACAGGGAACUUCGAGAACCCCGAAUGGCAGUACGCUACAUCUGGCCAGCGUCGAGUGUAUACAUUUGUUGCACAAAGUGUUUUCUACGCAUUGGGUAAUCCGAGUCAAAUCCUACGUUCAUUCCACGGCGAUACGGCUGGCCCGAGCGGAUUGAACCAGAGCUCCCCUACGACCAAACUCAAUCUGCAGCAGCUACAGCUAUCACUACGAAAACUGUUUACUCUGUGUCCCUGGGACAUUGUUCUCCAUAGUUUGUGGCGCGCUAUGGAAACGCUGUUUGUACCACCCAAGGAACUCUCGAUGCCAGGCCGUCAAUCGCGCCGGUCAUCGACAAACUCGGCUACCACGGGUUCAGUAUCUGUUCCAAUAAUUUCCCGUCGCUCAUUUGACUCGGCAGUGAAUGAUCACGUUGAUGAUGCUAAUGCUGCGGACAUCGCAACCAUUGCACUCUUUGCCCUUAUCAGCUCUCUUCCUGCAGCUGAUGCGCCCACGUGGCGAGCACUUCUUCAAAUGCGCGCCGCUGGCACCGUUGCUUCGACCACCGAUAUGGAGAAGGUUUCUGUCGCAAGGUCGAGAUCAAUUGUUGAGAUUACCGACAGAUUCGAGCACGAAUUGGCCUUGCGGCUUAUCGAUCGUCUAGUGCGUGGUCUCACCGCGCGCUUAGCAUUCCACGAGAUAUCGAAAGUACGCCGUCCGAACUUGCUAGAUUCUUCUAGCAAGGGCAAGAAGAGCGUCCUGGAUCUGCUUUUGGAUAACCUUGCCAACCAUUACAGCCCGAUGGCGUCAGGAAUUGACGAGCCGGACCGAGCUGCGCAGCCACCAGCCGCAGCGGCCAUCAUUGCUGAAUGGUUACGUACGCUUUUUCUUAGGAAUUGGGACGGCAACCCCGAGAUUUCUCGAAGCAGCUCUGCUGGAGGCGUUGUGGAAAUCCUGUCGAGGAUGUACAAGCAGCGCAAUCACCUCGGCCUAGUCCCAAAGGACUUCCACACACCGUUACUUUCCGAGAGGCUGGAUCCCCUGGAGAUGCCCGUGGAAUGGCUUGGACGGCUGAGCAAUAAUAAAACGAUGCACCUACUCUCAUAUUCCUUCCUUUUCCCUCCAUCUGCUCUUGUCAUUUAUUUCCGCGCCCUCAACUACUCUGCCAUGUCCAAGGCCUACGAGGCUGCGAUGACCACAACGAGACAUGUGACUCAAACCGCCUUCGGACCGAUCCCCAUCCAAGACGAUGUGAGACUCUUGGCGGAGAUGAAAACCUCGAUGACCUCGUAUCUGGUCCUCAUGGUUCGCCGCGAUAAUGUGCUUACAGAUGCACUUAAUCAACUCUGGAGGCGGGAGAAGAGAGAGUUAUUACGUCCACUGAAAGUCCAGAUGGGGAUGGAUGAAGGGGAGGAGGGACUGGACCACGGCGGCGUUCAGCAAGAAUUCUUUCGAGUCGUCAUGGCGGCGGCGUUAGAUCCGUCUUAUGGCAUGUUUACGAUGGAUGAGCGCACCCGGGUCUCGUGGUUUCAACCUUGCUCGUUAGAGCCUCUUUAUAAGUUCGAACUUUUCGGACUCCUCAUGUCACUGGCAAUAUAUAAUGGCGUGACCCUGCCAGUGAACUUUCCGAUUGCCUUCUAUCGCAAGCUUCUGGGGCUCAAGGUGAAACACCUUGACCAUAUCCAGGAUGGCUGGCCCGAACUCAGCAAGGGCCUUGGAGACCUGUUGACAUGGCAGGAUGGCGAUGUUGGCGAUGUCUUUAUGCGAACAUACGAGUUCAGUUUCGAAGCCUUUGGCUCGGUGGAGACCGUUGACAUGGAGAAGGUGGACAAAGACGCUGUGUGGCCCUUGCCGACGGGCAUUCACCGUAAACCAUUUAUACUACCUUCGAAGAGCUGGUCGGAGUUGUCUGACUUCGCAAAGACAGCAGACAUGGAUUUAAGUCCACCUUGUUCGAUGGCGGCAGAUGAUGCCGAUGAUAGUUCGCCUGAUUUAUCGCACCGGGAUAUCAAGGAUCAUGCCGAGCAUUCCGUGCCAACACCCCCAGUGGAGGAGGCUUCGCUUGUCACCAAUAAGAACCGGGCUCAAUUCGUCAAAGAUUACAUCUUCUGGCUGACCGAUCAAUCAAUCCGAACCCAGUUUGAUGCCUUUACAAGGGGGUUUUACACCUGUCUCGACCGAGCCGCUCUGUCCAUCUUUACUCCCGAGGCUUUCAAGACCGUUGUUGAGGGCAUUCAAGAGAUCGACAUCAAAGAGCUGGAGCGUCAUGCCCGCUACGAAGGUGGAUUCGGCCCAAGUCAUCCGACCAUCCGCGGGUUUUGGAGCAUUGUACGAGGGUACUCCGCGGAGAAGAGGGCGCGGCUCUUAGAGUUCGUCACGGCCAGCGACCGUGUGCCGGUGAACGGGAUUGCGAGCAUCAUGUUUGUCAUUCAGAAGAAUGGCGUGGGGGACGCUCGCCUUCCCACCAGUUUGACCUGCUUUGGUCGGCUCUUACUACCAGAGUAUUCGUCCAAGAAAGUCUUGGAAGAGAAGCUCGACAAAGCCCUUGAAAAUGCUCGGGGAUUUGGAGUUGCCUGA